AUGUCGUUCGUUACCAGUUGUGCGGUGUUUUUCCUCCUCGUGUGUGUUUCGUGGACGAUGGAGGACGGAGCUGAGUUGUGCGGUGUGGGACUUGUGUUUUGUUUUGACUGCCGCGCCUUCCGGAUGGCGAUGCGAGUCUUUGUGUUUUUACUGCAUGCGUUUCUGGUGUUCCUGAGGGCGUAUUGUCCUCUUGGCUAUACACUCCUUUUUGCGGCCGGAGGACUCGCUGUGCACGUGUGUGUCUUCCUCUCUCACUCUCUUUCUUUGGGCAUGCGCGUUGUUCGCCCUUCAUGCCCCGCCUUUCUUUGCUGGCAGGCUCCGUUGAGCACCCCACCACUCCUCCAGAAAAUCAGCCGUGAAGACCCGCCGUCAGCAAAGAGUGAGCAUGCAAGCCCACAUUAUAGCAACCUCGAGCCGACCCAGUCAGCAAAACAGCUCCAUAGCUGUGGGACAACAAAUGGAGAUCCGUGCGCACAGUCUGCCCAGACAGAGGCGGUGCCCCUACGGACAGUCGAUGCACUGCACGUUCUGCAAGUCCGCCCCAAGUGCGCGCCCGACUCCGCGCCGCUGUCCUCGGGCAAUGGUCCCACUCCCACGCCUGACGAGUAUGCAUUAGACGCCGCACCACAGUCCACUGAGAUCGCGGUCCCGCAACGCGAUGCUGCCUCGUGCCCGCGAUGUAAGCGAACGCGCGAUGAUGCGUCUGAUUCGAGCGUCGCACCGCGGCGGCGGCAGCGUGUCUCAGGUCCUCUCCAUCCUCAGUCGCCGACUGUUCCGCCCGUGAUGCUGCCGCUAGAUAUCCGCCGCCAUCUCCGCAAAUCCACCGACACCGGAGCGCCACAGCCGAGCGACGCGCUGUUGGUUGCAGGCGGUGCUUUUCCUCGCACCUGUUUACCCCGUGUUCACCGGGAGGAGGUAGGCGCUGUUAUUGCGAUGCCUUCUCCUUCUGCAAGGUGUACGAUUGACAUCUCUCGUGCGGUGGCGAUGCUUACGUUUGCUCUCGGCCGGCCGCCGAGAGUGCAGCUGCCGCUGCCUCUGCUGACUUCAAAGGAGGUUGCGCGCGCGUCGGAUGCCGCGCCACAGCCGAGCGACGCGCUGUUGGUUGCAGGCGGUGCUUUUCCUCGCACCUGUUUACCCCGUGUUCACCGGGAGGAGGUAGGCGCCGUUAUUGCGAUGCCUUCUCCUUCUGCAAGGUGUACGAUUGACAUCUCUCGUGCGGUGGCGAUGCUUACGUUUGCUCUCGGCCGGCCGCCGAGAGUGCAGCUGCCGCUGCCUCUGCUGACUUCAAAGGAGGCUGCGCGCGCGUCGGAUGCCGCGCCACAGCCGAGCGACGCGCUGUUGGUUGCAGGCGGUGCUUUUCCUCGCACCUGUUUACCCCGUGUUCACCGGGAGGAGGUAGGCGCCGUUAUUGCGAUGCCUUCUCCUUCUGCAAGGUGUACGAUUGACAUCUCUCGUGCGGUGGCGAUGCUUACGUUUGCUCUCGGCCGGCCGCCGAGAGUGCAGCUGCCGCUGCCUCUGCUGACUUCAAAGGAGGUUGCGCGCGCGUCGGAUGCCGCGCCACAGCCGAGCGACGCGCUGUUGGUUGCAGGCGGUGCUUUUCCUCGCACCUGUUUACCCCGUGUUCACCGGGAGGAGGUAGGCGCCGUUAUUGCGAUGCCUUCUCCUUCUGCAAGGUGUACGAUUGACAUCUCUCGUGCGGUGGCGAUGCUUACGUUUGCUCUCGGCCGGCCGCCGAGAGUGCAGCUGCCGCUGCCUCUGCUGACUUCAAAGGAGGCUGCGCUCGCGUCGGAUGCCGCGCCACAGCCGAGCGAGGCUGCGACACUGUCGGCAGUGGACGCUCUUCCUCCGACGGAUGACGAGUGCUCAUCCGACGCCGCGCCGGUGAUGAGCGACUCGGCGCCGAGGUCGCGAAGCCACACUCGCCCUCCCACGCCUACCGAGUGUGCAUCCGACGCCACGCGG